ACUUAAAUUAAUGUGGUGGCUUGCCAAUUAGUCAAGGCAUAGCUGCGUGGGCAUACCAGGGAAACGUCAGGGGGCAGAGAAGGAAGAAAAGGAACCUCACCUAGCAAUGAGCGAAGGUCCAAAGCUCUACACCAACAAACCUAAAAAAGCUCAACUGAAACAAUUCCAAGAGCAACGAAAAGGAAAGGAUUUGGCUUCAACAUCAUCAGCUGCAGCAGCAUCAUACACAAUGGGUUCUCAGACUGCUGCAAAUCCUCCACCACCACCUCAGCCUCCAAAAGAAUCGUUUGCAAGGCGUUACAAGUUUCUUUGGCCUCUUCUCUUGGCUGUCAACCUUUCUGUUGGAGCUUACCUUUUCAUGAGAACAAGGAAAAAGGAUACAAGCAUAACUGAUGAAGAUGUUGCAAGAGAUGUUGGUGCGACUCCUGUUUCAACUACAGAUGUCACUGCUCCUCCAGUUACUGAAAAGCCCUUACCUUCACCAUCCAUUACACAACUUGUGAAGUUGGUUGAACCCAUUCCUGAGAGCCAGCAGCGUGAACUUUUUAAGCAUAUACUGGAAGAGAAAAGGAAAAUCAAACCAAAAGACCCUGAGGAGAAGAAGCGCCUUGAUGAAGAGAAAGCCAUACUCAAACAAUAUAUUCGAGCAGAAUCCAUUCCUCGGAUAUGACUGAUAACGCUUUGUUUAAAGUUCGAUAUGAACUUUUCUUUAAGUAUUUUGGAAGUUUAGUUUCCAUUCUAUUGAAUUUCAAGUUCUCUUGUUUUAAUAUUUUGGUUUGGUAAAAUCUGCAAGAAAUUGUAUCAUUUUCUUGAGAAGUACUUUCCUAGUAUAAUUGUCACCCUGUAAAUUUCACACAAAGGGUAAUGUUCGUGACAAUGUUGCCUACUCUGCCACUCUUACUUAAAUCUGCAAUGCAUUAUUGGAGAUUAGAUGAC